AUGGACGCCCACGAACACCCACGCGAGGAACUUGAAUCUGAUAUGUUAAUUGAUAUACUUCAAGAACUUCAAAAUGGUCUUAUACGCAAGCCUGAUCAUUUUAAUAAUAUGCAUUUUUUACUCUUGCUAUUAUAUGAUUCCCAUGGUUAUCCUCGUGAUCAUUAUCCAUUGUGGCGUUGCUAUCAUCGAUUAAAGAAAAAACUUCUUACUGCUAAACGCUUAGUAAUUGAUAAUGACAAAUCUCGUCAAUGCAUUCUUGAAGUUAUGAAACAUCUUAUUGAUGCAACACCAUCGACAAUAACAUUACUUGAAGAAAGUGUUCUAAUAGAAGAACAUUAUCUUCAUUUUCAUAUUCAUGGUUUAUUUAAAUCAUAUUCAUGUUUACAUACGUACUUGUACAUGGAACAAAUUGAUAAGCCAAUAUUAAAUGAAGAUGCAAAAAUAUUUAAUUUAUUUAAAUCAACUAUUGCAAAAUUAUAUCGAUAUGAAUAUUGUGAUCUAAUACAUUUUGCAAUAGCACAUAGAAAAACAAGUUUAUUGAGUAAAAUGUUUCAAGAAAAAUAUAAUUGGUUAGAUAUGUCCAUGAAUGUAGCUACUGAACGUGGAUGGUUACCAUUACAUUAUGCAGCAUUUGUUGGAGAUAAAGAAACGGUGAAAACGAUAUGCGAUACUUUAUCAACAUCAGCAUUUGCUUUUGAUGCUCUAUCGUUGUUGAUUCCGCUUCGUCAACAACGAGAACUUGAAAAAAAUCCCUCUGGUUACAUCCUUAAAGCAUGUGGUGUUGAACGUGAAACACACGCAACAAAACAACGUAAAAAGGGAUUUACAGUAUUGGCACAGCCGGUUUCAGUUGAUGAUCAAAAUCGAAUGUCAGUACCACAAAAUUCUCAACGAAUAUUUCAAUCAAGUUUAGAUCGGCAAACAGCAAAAAAUCAACCACCAUUAGGGUCAAAUACUAUGUUUAUGGAUCGUGUCAAUAAUAUUAAUAAUUUAAAUACUCCAAAUGAUAACGACAUUCCUGAUGCCGAUGAACUUGAAUUAAGUUCAUUGCCAUUGAUGCAACGCGAAGAAUUUAUUGAUAAACUUAUAAAAGCAACUGAUAAUAAACAUAUGCUCGUUCCGUCGCCACUUACUCUUGCAUGCAUUGCAAGAUGCGGUGACAAGGCAGAUUAUGAAGAGAUAGUUAAAAUUUUACUUGAAUCUCAUCUUGUUGAAUAUGAUGGUGUCAAUCAUGAAUGUAUACUUAAUCGUGUGCUUGAUUAUAUGCAUACGAAAGAGUAUGGAACUUUUCAGCAUGUGCAAGUUUAUCGUGAUACUGAAACUGAAGGACCAACGGCAUUAAUAUUUUAUCAAUUCGAUGGUUUUAUUGUUAAUCAAGAUGUAAAACCGGCUUCCGGUGUUCACUCUGGCUCAUCAAUUACAUUAAAUACGUCGGACAAUGACUCCGUGGCAUCCGACGAUGGACAUCAAACUGAAACACCAACAAUUAUACGUUGCUUUUUAACUAUUCUCGUUGUUCGCGAUGUAUUUAUUCAAUAUCCACGUUGGGAUUUUCAUGUAUUACGUGAAAAUAUCGAAGAACAUUUUGUUGAAUUAGAACGCGCACUUGGCUGUCGACCAACCAUAUUGUAUCCUGAUGGCGAUGUUAUUUCCUCUCGUAAACGUAGUGAUGUUACAUGGGAAGUUAAAGUUAAAUAUCAUUUAAGUUCUGAAACAGGUCAGUCACUAUAUAUGGAAGUUGAUUAUUAUUUUUUCGACUCAUUUGGUGAUCCAUUUGCUGAUGCUUUUGCGCAGAUUUAUCAAACACCAUUUUAUAUAUCGUGCAUGACGGAGUCAACUGUGAUGAUGCAAACAAUAUUCGAUUCAUUUUUCAAACGACGCAAUCUUUCUCUUUGGGGAACAGUUGCUCAACGACAUUUAGAACAUUGUUUAGAUGGUGUUCUGCAAAUAAAAAAUAAUGGCACAACAUUUUCAACAUUGUGUACAACAUUAAAUCGUUAUUAUCAAGUUGAAGAUGAUCCAUUUAUCGAAGAAAAUUCAGUUACCAUACAACGCAUAUUUGUUCAUGCAUUUGCUUGUUGUGUACGUCGUAAUGCUAAAAUUGAACUUAAUUAUUUAAUUAAAAAUCAUGCGUUAAUCUAUUAUGAUUCAUGUCGAACAAAACCAAGCGAUAUUCGACAUAAUAUAUUAACGUAUUGUGUCGUUAGAAAUUUAGCAGCUGAAUUCGAUCAAUUAAUGACAAAUAUGAAAACAACAAUGCAUAAAACAUAUCAAAAUUCAACUAAUCCCGAUUGGCAACCACAUAUUGCUUGGAGAGAAAUCAUUCAUGUUAUUAUCGAUUCAGUUUCUCAAGAACAAAAUGGUGCGAAUCAACAAAUCGAUUUUAGCCAAUUAGCUUGUUAUGGCGAUACAAGCACAAAUUCUGUUUCGAUUGGCAGUAUACCAACGCUGCAUGCAACCGGUGAUGAAUAUACUCAAUGUAUAAAUUCACGAAAAAAUCUUAUAAUAAAAGUAAAAAGAAAAUUACAACGAGUAGUAAGCGACGCAAAUAGAUAUCGACAACCGACACGUCGAAUGGUUCGUCUUGAUCAACAACAAAUUGCAGAUGGUUUGAGUCACUUGACAGAUUCUGCCAAUACAACUCAUAUGACUACUACUGUUAGUAAUAAUGUUACAACAACUAAUAAUAAGUCAGCUAUCGGUGGAGUAACUCAGACGAAUGUGGUACAACGAUCAAAAAAUAUUUUAAAAAAUGUUAAUCGGUUACGUUGGGGAAAAAGUGAACGACAUAAUUCAUCGGCAACAAACAGUUAUCAACUACAAUGUAGUGAUCAACGUUCGAUUUCGCCAACAGCAACAACUGGAUUCAAUGAACUAGUUACGUCUAAAGAUACAAUCAGUUUGGUGAGUAACGUCUCAUUUUAA